AAAAGUAGUCAGGAAGCAAGAGUACCAAAUCAAGCAGCAGGCUCUCUGGCAUAGAGCAACUUUUUGUUGUUGUGCUGUAGAAUGGCAGUGAACUACUUCAGCCAAAACACUGAAGCAUCUCUAAAUUGGACAGCAAUGCAGAUAUGUUCACUCUGGAUAUAAGCCUGUCUGCAAAACGAAACCAGUUUCUGCAUGGAUAAACAAAGAUGACAGCUGGAUAACGUGGAUAGUAUCGCCAAAAUGACUUCCUCUUCUCUGGACUGGUCCAUACAGAGUGCAUUGUCAUCUCUUUACCCCCCAUUUGAGGCCACUGCUCCAACGGUCCUGAGCCAGCUCUUUCGUACCAUCGAGGCACGUUACCAGGGAGAUGCACUGCAGUGCUUUUUGGAUUACCUCAUUCCAGCCAAACACAUCCUUGAGAGUGUGCAGCAGGCUGCCUGUGCUGAGUACUCUGAUGUUUUGUUCCAGUGUGAAGGUUGGCCUCUCUGUUUGAGAAACCGUGUGGUGAUCCAACUAGCCCCCAUUAACCCCUUACUGUUACGUCCUGGAGACUUCUACUUACAGGUGGAACCAUUUGGGGAACAGUCAGCCCGUAUAGUACUCAAGAGCCUCCUUGUGCAAGAGGAUAUCUUGGCAGAGGAGGAUCUAGUGUUACUAGCAGGUUUUAGGGCACAAGAAGGCCCUGCUGUGGAGGAGACUCCUAUCCCAGAGACAUCUUACCCUUGCAUUUUCACUGAAGCUUGGUUGAAGGAAAUCAAUGAGGGUCGCCAUGGUAAUCAGCUACAUCAGUGUGUGCUUUCUUCUGAUCAGGGGAUUGUGAAGGUGCCCUGGGCAGAAGUGAUCAAUCCUGAAUUUCUGGACAGGCCAAAAGCUAAGGUUCAAUCAAAAACAUCAUGCACAACUGCAGAUUUGAUAAAGCAGGAUAAUUCUGAGGACGAGCCCAAAUCACAGUUUCCUGUAAACAUGUCUUUUUCCAAAACUCCUAAACCAGAAACCAUGAUCCUUCCAGCUAAAAAUGGUGUUGCGGGUUCACAUCAAUUAGUGAAAAGUGGCAACAAAUUUGUUCGGAUGGAACAAAGGAAACCUGUAAGCAAUCCUGUAGGCAAACCUGUUGGUUGGGUUUCUCCAAAUACAUGGGACAGCAGGUCCAGUCAAGAGCUAGAGGGGGAGUAUGUAGAUCUUUUGGAUUUUGCCAAAGAGAAGGAUGCUUUAAGCUUUAAAAUGUCUGUUACACCUUCAGUUCCAAUGUCUUUCAGACCUCAUUCUCCACUUUCAAAAGAAGACAGCACUCCAUGUGUUCAAACCUCAGGAUUGAAGGUUGAGCACUGUGUUCCAUAUUCAAGAAAUAAUCAGAUUUUUGAAGAUCCACAGAAGGGUUCUGAAUCCAAGGGUAGGCAUCGUCAGUCUUACUUAGCAGCUAUAAAAAACCCAGUAAGUUUUGAGAAGGCAAACACAAUAGUGCCCUUGGAGGAAACAUGGCCAGGCUUGGGAGAAGCAGAACCAGGCUAUGAGGUACAAGAGAUUGACCUUGGGAUUGACUCUUUGAGUAAUUCACCAGUGCAGGGUUCAUCCCAACUUGGGCAAAACCUAAUGCAGUCCUGUCCAGAUUCAGCUGAGCAGGACCAGAACUCAGUUCAAAUGAAUAAGAAUGCAAUAAUCAUGUCCUUGAACACAGCACUGCCAAGUGUCAGCUUAUCUGAACAGUCAGUGCACUUGCUUACUGAAAAACCUUCAGACAGUCUUCAGAAAACUGUACCAGAACAUACUGGAGCAGUUCAUUUCAACAGGCAACAGACCUGCCCGACCGAGCAGGAACCUCAUCAAAUGUGGACCAAUGUGCAUAAACAUCACAAAACACAACACUUGCCCAAAAUGGGACUAAGGGCUUUGCCAGAUCACAGAAGUCACAGACAAGAAACUGGUGGCUACAAAUGUCAAGGUGUAGGCAAGGGAAGGCAAACAGACCAGUUUGUAUAUGGCUUUGCACCUCUUCAUAAAUCGUUUCAACAACCUACAGGACAGAGACCUUCUCUAAUUCCUCACCCACAGAAAAGUAUGAAUAUGCUUCAAGAACAAAACAGUCAAGUCGAACAAAAACCCAAGCAAUGUGGUGAAAACCCUGUGCUGGCAUUAAAAAGUUCGGCAAAAAGCAGGCCUAAAGCUCGCUCUGCUUCCUCAGUAUCAGAGUCAGCCAGGGAGUGUUCACAGGAGGAUAGACCAGCUAGCAGGAGUCGCAGUGAUGUCUGUCCAGAGGUCAUUCCCAUGGUUCCUGGAGUUCAGGUCCAACGAAGCAAGAAAUGCACUUCAUUUGGACUUGUGUCCCCAAAACUAGACAGACGGAAAGCAGCAAAAAAUGCUGAACAGAUCACUGCGCUUCAGAAUGGGGCAGUUCUCCAGAGCUCCUCUGCCCAGCUACAAAACCUCUCUCCUGAACAUGGAAGUCAGAUUACUGCCCUUUCACAUGACCCCACCAUCAAGAAUGUUCUCCAACUAGGCAUCAUCUGUCUGCCAGGCAGUCGUGAUAGAGCUGGCAGAGCUGUACUUGAAGUUCAUGGAGGAAAGAAUGGCUGGACGUCCCCUCUGCUCUCUCCUCUUGUACUCUGCAAACUGGUCCUUUAUCUUCACUCCAUUCCAAGGAGACAAGUGAGAGAUCUGGGACUGACAGUCAUAAUUAACAGCCGGAAUGCUCCGAUCCCCUCGAUGCUCUGUAAGGCUUUGCUUAUGGUCCAGGAUAAGGUCCCUCGUGCUGUGCAUAGUAUCUUGCUGUUGGUGGAAAAAGACCAAAGUCCUCGAGCAGACAGACCACCAGGAUUACAGAUGGAUAUUAUUACUUCAGUAAAAGCUCUUCAGAAGAGUGUUGAUGGACAACAACUGACCAGUGAACUUGGAGGAUCUUUCCCUUAUAAUCACACUGACUGGCUACAAUUUUACCAAAAACUGUUCCUCUUUGAGAUGGACCUUCAGGGAGCAGCCUUGUUAUUACAGAGUGCUAUAAGAAAAUUGGACAGUAACAAGAAAACUGACACAGCAGAGGAUGUAAGGAGGUGUAGCGAAGAACAGAAGGGCUCCAUGAAGCAGGUACUUGAAGAUACACAUAUGGUCAAGCUUCAGAGGGAUGGCGGUGCUAUACUAGCCAGAAUGCGGAAGGAAGAAUGUAGAUUUGCUCAGUCUGAAGACUACAGGGAUUCAAUGGAUGCUGUGAUGUGUCUGUAUAACCAGGUAGAAGAAGGAGUCCACACUCUGGUCAUGAGGUCCAACCAAUCACUGCAGCAUCUAGAUCAUGUGCUCCUACUGAGGGAAACAGAGGAGCAACUUAACAAAAUUAGAGAGUGGUGUGAAGAGGAGGCUAGGAGAUGGCAGAAGGACCUCGAACCAGCAGAAGAUUCCAGGGAGAUACUUGAGCAAAGACUUACAGACAUUCAUGCUGUCCUCACCCAGGCAGAGGAGAGAAAAGAGAAAGCAAAGUCACUGAUGAAAGGGGUAGAGAGAAAGAUCCAGGGAACAUGUUAUCCUGAGACUGACAUUUUCCAUAUUCACUUGACAAAGUUUAAAACCAACUUGGCAGCUUUCAUGUUGCAAGCUGAGCAGCGUAAAUCUGACCUGGAGGCAUUCAUCCGUCUGUUUCAUUUCUGUGAGCAGGCUUUUACUCUUACCAAAGAAUGCAGUCAUUAUCUGGAACACAUGGAGAUGGGCGGGCAUACAGAGAUGGCCAACAUAGGCAAACUGAAAUCUUUUCAGGAGAGAUUUAAAGCCUUUUCACAUGAGCGUUUUGAGGAGGAGAAGAGUAACGCUAUGACUAAGAAACAUCAGAGAGUGGUCUGUGUGUGGAGUGAGGCUUGUUCGUUGUCCCAGGAGGUAAAGCAGAGACUGGAGGAGAAGCUCCUAGAGUUUGAUAAAAAGCAAAAGCUUCAAAGAUUUCCACAGAGAGAUGAAAUGAUUCUGAAGAAUGAUGAAGUGUCCUGCCAAAAUUCCUCCAUAUCCAUCUCCUCCCUGGAUAAUGUUAAAGUACAGUCAAAACAUUGUGAAGCUCCUAGACAGACACAGGGUCAGAAUAAGCAAGCUAGGGAUGAAUCUGUAAAGAAACACAAAGAAUCAACAUUGGUAAACAUCUUAACAGAUAAAUUAAUAAAGUUUCCCCGUGAGCAUCAUAGUGAGGCUGAUCUCAGGAAUAUUGACCUUUUUGGUGGGAGUGAGAGUAAUCGAGCACUAGGCCGAUCCCACAGUGAGGGAUCCUGCAUAAGAAAUUUUAGUCCUAUGUUAACUGGGCCUCCAUUAUCUUCAUGCCAAAAAAUAUAUCCCAGCAAACCAAAUGUGUUGCUAGCUGACAGAGAAUGUGUUGCAUGCCGUCAAGACAGCUUCUGUUCAGACUUUUCCAAUAUGAAACUAGAAUGGAUCCAAAUGGAUAUUAGAGAUAAGCCAAGAGUCACUCUGGAUGACCAUGAUUCUCAAAUAUCUCGGCAAGAGAGCUUCUGUUCUAGUGUGUCCAGCCCGAGACAGGGCUGGAUGAAGGAGGAGAAAAGCAGCAAGAUCUACAUGGAUGAUAGAAAUUCAGGCUACCCCACUAGAGACCUUAUAACUCCAGACAGGCUAAUGGAUACAUCAGACUGCAACUCUGCCUCAGAACUGGAGAACAGCAGUAAUUUACUUAAAUUGCAGCACAUCAUGGAAGAGUUACUGCAGACAGAAAGAGAAUAUGUGAGAGCACUGGGCUAUGUUAUGGAGCACUACUUCCCAGAACUUGAGCGCCAAGAUGUGCCACAAGAUCUGAGAGGACAAAGGGGAAGCAUCUUUGGAAACCUGGAAAAACUCAGAGAGUUCCAUCAACACCACUUUCUCAAAGAGCUAGAACUUUGUCUAAGACACCCUUUCCGUGUAGGACGAUGUUUUCUGCGACAUAAAGAGAGUUUUGGUCUCUAUGCUCUCUACAGCAAAAAUAAACCUCGCUCAGACAGCCUGCUGAUCAAUCAUGGCAAAGAGUUCUUUAAGCAGAAACAGCAGCUGCUGGGAGACAAAAUGGACCUGUCAUCAUACCUGCUGAAGCCAGUGCAGCGCAUCAGUAAAUACAGUCUGCUUCUGCAGGACAUGCUACAGGAGUGCGACGCAACAUCACACAAAGCUCCUGAGCGAGCUGAGCUGCAGGCUGCAUUAGAGGUCAUCCAGUUCCAACUUCGUCAUGGCAACAACCUCCUUGCUAUGGAUGACAUCCAGGAAUGCGAUGUGAAUUUGAAGGAACAAGGGCAGCUGAUUCGCCAAGAUGAGUUCUUGGUGUUCUUUAGGAAGAAGAAAUAUCAUAGACAUAUUUUCCUUUUCCAAGAUCUCAUCCUUUUUAGCAAGACCAAGAAGACAGAGGUUGGGAAUGACAUAUAUAUUUACAAACAGUCAUUCAAGACCUCUGACAUUGGGAUGACAGUUAACUGUGGUGAUAGUGGGCUGUGCUUUGAAAUUUGGUUUCGGAGGAGGAAGUCACAGGACACAUACACACUACAGGCUAGAAGUUAUGAAGUGAAGGAAGACUGGACCAAAGACCUGGAGAAGAUUUUGUGGGAUCAGGCUAUAUACAACAGGGGUCAGUGGACAGAGAUUCGUAUGCAAGAGAGGGUCUUCAUGGGAAUUGGAUGCAAGCCUUUUAUGGACAUUAAGCCCAGUGAAGCAGCCAUCUGCGACCGUGCCAUUAAAUGUGCUCUUACAGGACGAGACUGUAAGGCACCUGUUUUCUCUGGGAUGUCCAACACUGAACGAGGAUUUCCUGUCCAGAGACCGAAUUCUACUGGUUCAGCCAGCUAUGUAUCAUCUUGCAGUCACUCGUCUUCUUCCUCUUCGUCUGGAAGAGGAUCGGUCUCACCUGUUGGUUACCACAUUGGCCGUAGUGCAAGAGUUGUUUCUGUGUCUGACCCUGGAAGAUUCUCUAAUCCAGGAGAGCAUGACUUAGACCAAGAAAAUGUCAGGCAAAAUCAGCUGGUUGACAGUUCAGAAUCUUCAGUGGAAAGUAUAAGUUGCUUCAGCAGUUCUGGCUACAGUUUCCAGUCAGUGAUUGGAGGAGAACAUGAAGUACACUCCCUAGAGUUAUCUGACACUGGUCUGGGGAAACCAUGUCCCCACAAAAUGGAGGGCCACCAGCAACACAAAGACAAUUUUUCUAAACCACAAAACCAAAAAAGGGACCAACCACUUAAGGUUCAAGGGAAUAAUCACAUGGGAAAAUCAACUGAAGUGUGAAUAUAAUAUUAUUUCAACCAUGGAGCAUUAUAGGACCUUGUGGAACUACCAAAUCACCUUGUAAACUUUGUAUAAGUACAUAUUGGUGCUUGUUCUCUCAAUAUUACAGAGGGAUGCUCUCAGUUACUACAGAUAGCCUUCUACUGGAGAGUGGGAUUGCAAAAAAAAUUACGUAAUAUUUAUUAUUGUUAUAAAUCUUUUUUUUUUUAUAAACUACCAUUUUCUGCUUGCUUGUUAGCAAUACAACAGUUUGUAUUCUAUUUGUUAUCCAAAUUGUUAGCUUACCCAAUGUUACAGUUGUAUUGUGUUUCCUGUAUGUACUGUAUGUACUUUUCAGUAUAAGCUGACAGAUGAUUUCAUUUUCCUGUUAAAUAUGAAUAUGCAGUAUUGCAAAAUGGAGCCAGAAGUACUGAUAAUUUUCCAGUAGAUGUAACUGGUACAGGUACUGUAUAUGUCUGAAUGCAAACCAAAAUUAAAAGUUAUCAAAAUUAAAAGUUA